GGAUAUGGCGCAUCAAGGCGCAAAACAAACAACCAAGAAGCAAGAAGGACAGUGUGAUCGCAUUCAGUGGCACUGACAGUGGCAGUGCAAGCCAUGGAUGUUGUUGAAGCAAGUAACAACGCUGCGUUGCGGGCUGCUUACGCCAAGCUUGCCAAGGGUACCCGCUUCAUCUCCAAGGAGCAGGUGCAGGAGGCUGUCUCGGAGAUUGCUGUUCGCUUCGGCGUUAAUCACAUUGUGAAGGCAACGGAUUCGAGGACAUACCGCGUGAGAUGCGACAACAAAGCCUGGACAAAGCAGCAACAACAGAGGAAACACCCAAGCACCUGCGCCUAUGCCAUUCACGCCAACAAACAAACCGUCAGCGGCGCGUGGGAGAUCACCGAGGCACGGCACCACACUUGCUGGCUCGCACAGGACAGUGAACAUGAGCUUGGGCGCCGCCGUGUUCGUCCACAGACCCUCGCCCGCUUUGAUCGAACCAUGAUAGGAAACCCCGCUGCUCAGGUACAACAAGUCAGUGCCCGCUACGGCCUAACCAUGUCGGGUUCCCAGAUGGCAGAGUACGCAGCACAAGCUCAAGGCAGAACUCACGUCAAGCGGCAGGAGGAGUUUGACAGACUGCACUCGUUCGUUCAGUGGAUCAAUGCAAAUGGACAUCAUGCAGCGCACCUGAUGACCAAAGACGGUGCAUUUAGCGAGCUUCUGUUCUGCCUAAAGCUGAAUGGUUUGUCGGCCAAGUCUCCAAAGGUCCUGUUCACGGACGCGACGCAUCUGUCGUACAACAACAUGAUGCUCCACCUCUUGUGCCAACUGGACGCAGACAACAAGAUCUUCAUUCUGGGCGCCAACAUAACCCAGCAGGGCGAGCAUACGAUUCUCUCGGAUUUAGGGACUGCUGUGACCAGCGCAAUCAACGAAAUACCCAUGUGGCACCACGGCAUGUGCUCCGUGCACAUGCGAAGGGCGUCUGGGGCACCAGCAACUCUUUGA